CUUUUCAUCCCAUUAAAGUGAGCACAGCAGUGCCUCCUCAGAGCAGCAUACAAAUGUGAUGCAAACCCCUGACAACAAAAGAGGUAUGCAGGCAGUGCUGCACUCAUUCUGACGCCCCACAGAGAAGGUGGAAAGGAACCAAGAUCUCUGAAAGCCAAAACGACAGAUCCACAAGUGGAGUGCAGUUGGAACUGGUCUGAGUGGAUUGCACAUCUGUAGGUGCAAAGUUUCUGCAGGUUUCUCAGAUAUCACGGAAUAGCAAUGUCUGGAUUGUGUGCCUUCCAUUUGGGGUUUAAGCCACUUCUCCUAGCUACAUUUAUUUUAGCCUGUGACAGCCAAGGUGGGACAGGAGAGAGUGGUGGCCAUUCCUGCUAUGGAGGUUUUGACCUGUACUUCGUGUUGGACAAGUCUGGGAGUGUUCUCCACCACUGGAGUGAAAUCUACUACUUUGUGGAACAUCUGACUGAGAGGUUCAUCAGCCCGCAGCUCAGAAUGUCUUUCAUUGUCUUCUCCACAAGAGGGACAACUCUCAUGAGGCUGACAGAUGACAGAGACCAAAUCAAAUUAGGCCUUGACGAACUAGAGAAAGUUCUACCUGGAGGAGACACCUACAUGCAUGAGGGAAUUGAGAGGGCAAGUGAACAAAUCUAUCAUGAGAAUUACAAAGGUUACAGGACAGCAAGUGUCAUCAUUGCACUGACUGAUGGGGAGCUGCAUGAGGACCUGUUUUAUUAUGCAGAACGCGAGGCGAACAGAUCGCGUGAGCUGGGAGCCCAAGUUUAUUGUGUGGGAGUGAAAGAUUUCAAUGAGACCCAGCUGGCGCGGAUUGCUGACAGCAAGGAUCAUGUCUUCCCAGUAAAUGGAGGCUUUGAGGCUCUUCAUGAUAUCAUAGGCUCGAUCCUGAAGAUGUCCUGCAUUGAAAUUCUAGCUGCAGAGCCUUCCAGUAUAUGUGCCGGGGAGUCCUUCCAAGUGGUGGUAAGGGGCAAUGGAUUCCGCUAUGCCCGGAAUGUGGAUCGAGUACUCUGUAGUUUCAGAAUCAAUGACACAAACUCUCUCAACGAGAAGCCCCUUGUUGUGGAGGACACCUAUCUGCUAUGCCCUGCGCCAGUGUUGGAGGACGUUGGCAUGACAGCAGCUCUUCAUGUCAGCAUGAAUGACGGCCUAAGCUUUAUCUCCAGCUCCGUCAUCAUUACCAGCACACACUGUGCGGAUGGGACCAUCUUGGCGAUAGCUCUGCUCAUCCUAUUUCUGCUGUUGCUCCUGGCCCUGCUGUGGUGGUUCUGGCCACUCUGCUGCACUGUGAUGAUCAUGGCCCCUCCCCCACCACCAGAAGAAGACAGUGAGGAGGAAGAGGAAGAUGGGCUUCCUAAAAAGAAAUGGCCAACAGUGGAUGCUUCUUACUAUGGGGGACGAGGAGUUGGAGGAAUUAAGAGGAUGGAGGUGCGCUGGGGCGAGAGAGGCUCCACAGAAGAAGGAGCUAAGCUGGAGAAAGCAAAGAAUGCCAAGGUCAAGAUGCCAGAGCAGGAAUAUGAGUUUCCGUCACCAAAGAUCCUCAACACCAGUUAUGGAAAGCCAAACUCCUCCAGGAAGUGGUACUCCCCAAUUAAGGGAAAACUGGAUGCCCUGUGGGUACUUCUGCAAAAGGGCUACAGCCGGGUGUCCAUUAUGCGGCCUCAGCCUGGAGAUAAGGGAAGGUGCAUCAAUUUCACUAGGGAAAAGAAGCCGAUGCCCCCAAGAUAUCCAUUAAACAAUGCUCCUCUUCUGUCUCCUCCAUCAAGUCCAAUCUAUACACCCCCUCAUAGCCCAAUUUAUACCCCUCCUCCUCCAAUAAGCCCACCUCCUCAAUCAAUAAACUCUCCACCACCAACUCCAUCGCCAACAAGCUCUCUUCCUCCCCCACCAUUAGCUUCACCUCCAAACAGAGCUCCGCCUCCAAGCAGACCUCCACCUCGACCUUCAAUCUAGAGUGCUCCGUGCAGCCUCCCAUCUCCGAUACUACUGGGGAUGUUUUACGAGAAGCUCUUCGCCAUGUUUUUUGGGAUGGAUUUGACAUUCACCAGAAAAGCUUCCACCAAAACCACUUUUAUAACCACUUUUACUAGCGAUAAGCCAUGUUGAGUCGUGGAUUUGUCAACAGUUGGACAAUCGAACCCUAGACUCUACAUGUUUGGUCUUCUAUUGAACCAGCUGAUAUAUUUGGUCGACCAACUGACCUGGGUGAAAAUCACAAAUAACUAAUUGAAAGGUCUCUCUAAUUCAUUAGGAUAAAAAGCUUAACAAUUAGAGUACAGUAACCCAACUAUUGACCACAAAGGAUUUUAUUUGAACUCCACAGUCAAGUAAAUAGGACUCUUUGGUGGUGGUCCAUUGAACUGCUGGAAUUGUUUCACAUUGCGCAGCAAUCCAUUUUUAUAUACAUAUACAGACCAAUAAGUAUAAGAAAGGGCUUCUUAAUGAAACGUCAAGUAAACAGCCAAGGAGGUCCAAGCUCAUUUGCAAUGUUACGAUGUUUCUACAUGUUUGGUCAUUCAAGUUAUUGUCGAAAAUUUGUUGAUCAGUUUCACUGGCUCAGUAUUUUACUAAAAUAUAGCACUUAUGUUCCACGAAGACUGCACCACCUGAUGACCAUCGUGAAUUGAUUCAACAUUGAUGGCUAUCAAUUAAACCAUUGUGUUAAAUGUUUUACUUGAUUUAAUUAUCAAUUACCUUAUUUUAUAUAUAUUCCUGAUGUUCUGUGUAAGAAGAGCCAAGUUUUGAUCCCACCUAGUAGCUAAUUUGACAAAAUAAUGGAGAAAAAGACCAAACUGUUUCCUGUGUGGAUCUCAAGGAAUAUAAGGAAACCAGAGACCCUACUGAUUUCCCUCAGGGUAUUAAAAUGGCCUUGCCAUCUGGAGGUGUACGGGCCAUUGACCAUUAUGGAAGAUUUGUAGAAUGGGAAACAAGAAAGAAUGGAAUGUUCUACAUGUACCUCCAGCGAGACUGUUGAAGGGAAAAGUAAAAUUACAAAAUAUUAUAUCCCCACAGGAGGGGAUUAUAGUCUGUAUGGGACCUGAUGAGUUUGGGCAGCAGAAGGCUGGACCUUUGCAAUAAUAAGAAAAAACUGCCAUAGCAGAUUCUAUUAAACUAGAUUAUGUAUGAGUUUUGCAAUGUAUUUCUGGGCCCUCUACCAUAGAGGAAUCAGGGGAUAAUCAACAUCAUGUAUACACUUGCAUUGUCUUUUUGAAAUAGUUGUAUGUAGAAAGUAUUGCUUUUGUACUAUGUUAUAUGGGGAACUGGGUGUUGCUAACAGGGGUUAUGUGUUAUCAUCUUCUUUUGUGGAGAACACAAUUAUCACUACAACAUGUUCACAUUACAGCGGUGGCAGUCAGUUACUAGGCCUGGACAUUUAAUUUAUUUGAACAAAUAAGACGGCAGCAAUCUGCAUAAACAACGCUGAUUGUGCAACAGAAAAGGGGACGUUUUACAGGGUAAGCGUGCUGCGUUUAUGCAGUAAUUGCAGUCUGCACAAAGUAAGGGAGUAGAAGAGAAACAGAUUGAAAGUUACUGACAACAUACACUGUAGGAAACGACUGCUUCCAUCUCAUAUCCUCUCAAUCAUUAGUCCUUGUUUUUAUUUCUGUAACGAUUUUACAAUACUUAUUUGUUACAUGAACAAUUCUGUCUCAGACUGGGUGCCACCUUUGGGUCACAUUUUAAAAACACACAUAUCAGUGCACGCACAUGAGGGUAAUUCUGUUGCUGGAACUUAUUUCAUGAUUAUCAGUUAAAGGACCGCUCGACCUACAACAAAAGUUGAUCUGAUAUGAGAAGACAUCUUGUAACAUUCUGUAAUAUGUAUAUAAAGGUUCCUAUACCCCAAUGCUUGACAUUUAUUGGGGAUUAUUUAUGGCUGCAGGUGCAUUGUAAACAUGGGAAUCUACUUUUGCGCUACUUGGCCAGGUUAUGUGCAUUGCAUUGUGUAGGCCAGUAAAAGGCAAUGUGGUUUACUUCUGGUGCAGUAUGGGCAGAACUCUGACCUUCAUAAGGGGCAGUCAUUACCCUUUAUCUUAAUUACAUAGUUACAUAGUGAGGUUGAAAAGAGGCAAAAUGCCCAUCGGGUUCAACCUGCAUUGUGUGCUAAGAUAUUCAUAUACCAUAAUGCACCUGCUGAAGUAAUGGUUUAGUACCAAUUGACAAGUUGCUGAAAGACAUUUUAAACAUGUGUUACAAGCUAUAACAAACACAUCUGACAGCAAAGCAGAAAGGAGCUGGGGGACAUAGAAAAAUGUUUAGAGGGCCACACGAGGCCCUUGGUUCCUCUGUUGCAGAUAUAAUUUUUGCCCUGCCUAUGUGAUAAAUAGAAUAUCAGUCUAAUAAUUAUUCUUCAUAUAAUUAUUGAACAUUUCCCAGAAAUAAGGUGGAAAAAGGGAUACAGUAACUAGUCUCAUUCAUGUAUCAUCUUUAAUCUCUUAAAUACAUUGUUAUCUAGUGUGCCAAGGGCGGGUAAUUGUGUCUUUAAACCUCUGUGACACAUUGCACACUAAGGGAAUGCCGAACCAUCUGUCUGAUCAUCUAACAUUUUUAUUGAACUAUGAACCGCCAUAUUGGUUUUGGGCACAAUUCAGGUAUUGCAUGCCGCUCAUUUUCAACAAUUUCACAUUAGAGCAGAGUCAUUGAUAUACCGUUCACGAUUCCUCCAAAAUUGAAAGCUGCCAAGAAAGUAUAACCUAUGACAUAUUCCAAACCAUUUGUAGAGGUGUCUUUGUAUGUAAUACACAUUUUUCUACCACUAUGCAAAGAUUCUGCAAAUCUCACGUUAAGUGAAAACCCCCUUGAGACGAUAAGCUAAUAAAUCAUAAAGGCUUUGUAACCCAAGAUGCCUUUAAAAAAAAAAAAAAAACAUUUCCGCCAACCUCUGUAAGACGUAUUAUACCACUCUUUGGGCUUUCAACAUUUAUGAAGCUGCACCAAACACUGGUCUUUCACAUUCACAAUCAGAACAUUAUUUGUAGCACAUAAACUGUUAUAGAUUGUUGUCUAUGGGACGUUUAUAGCCAAAUGCUUAGCAUUAAUUAAAAAAAUAAAAUGAAAAUUAAAAAGCUUACAGCGCUGUUGGUUGGGAAAGACACUGCAACGUAUCUUUCAUUUUUUAUUUUACAUGAAAAAGUCUUCAUAUUUAUUUCCCUAGGUAAAAAGAGAUCUCUUGUUUUAUUUAACAGGAAAUAAGAACUUAAACAUUUCCCCUAUAAAACUUGGAGUGUGACUAAUGAAGGUUAUGCUUAAUGGAUAUUUAGGAAAAGCGCGGCAACAAAGAAAGUACCUAUAGUACAGGCCUGGCCAACCUGUAGCUCUCCAGCUGUUGUAAAACUACAAGUCCCAUCAUGCCUUGCCACAGUUUUGCUACUAGGGAAUGCUGAAACUGUGGCAGGGCAUGCUGGGAUUUGUAGUUUCACAACAUCUGGAGAGCCACAGGUUGGCCAGGCCUGCUAUAGUAGAUUGACCCCAAAAUGGUUUAUUCAGGACUGCUAAAAUAAUGACAUCAGAAUCGUAUAAAGGGAAUGGCGUAUUUAUGGCUGAUUUUCAACUACACUUACUACAUCUUCAGCCAGUAUCUGGUUGGACAAUGCCUGAGUCACCGGUUACCUGGGCUUUGGAUCUGUAAGUAAAAGGCACAAGAUUACCUUGAUAAGCUAGUUUGGCAUGUAAUGUUAGUUUGGUAUUUUACCACAAUGGUUCUAUGCUGUUUGGAAGGAUACAGUAAAGGUUAAACAAUCAGCAUUAUCAUGGCAAAUAGUUGUAAUGGCAUCUACAUGUGUGCGGAGUAUUUUGUAUUAUGUGGUAUUGUGCAGUCCCCUCCCCCACUCUUACGCUUCCUGUGAUGUAUGUAAUAUUAAGUGCUUGUACACCACAUAUGCCCAUGUAUCAGUCCCCACUUACCUGGGCACUAGAUGUAAGUUAUUAUUGCAUCCAAGCAGGACUUGUCAUGUGGAAUACUGUCAUAUUGUAUGUGUGUUUCCAUUUUACUGGAAUAUAACUAGUUAGUGUAUUCACUCUCUUUGUAAUGACAAACAUUGUAUACACAAUAAACUGUUACAACUACCAGGGGCUUUCCUGGCCAGAAAUAA